CGCCCGACGGCCGCCCGCCCACCCGCCGCCGGCGCACGGGGAGCGAUGCGAGAUGGCGGCGCUGCCUGAGGAGCCGGCCGAGGUGGCGGCGGUGAAGCCGGACCCUGAUGCAGGGACGCCGCCUCAGCCUCCCGCCGCUCCCCCGGCCGCUUCCGCCGCUCCCGCGGCGACCGCGGCGGCGGAGGGAGAUGUGGCGGGGGCCGGCGGGGACGCGGCGCCCGCCAAGGCCGCGGCGGCGGGCCCGGCCGGCUCCCCCGCGGCGCUGGACCGGCAGACGCUGGUGGCCGUGCUGCAGUUCCUGCGGCGCAGCAACCUACGCGAGUCCGAGGAGAUCCUGCGCCGCGAAGCCCGCCUGCUCGGCGACGACCUGGGCACCGUCGCUCUCAGCCCCGCCGGCCCACUGGGAGGCCCGGGCGGCGACGGGGACUCCGCCGGCAGCGAGGCGCUGCUCAGCCGUGUCACCGCCACGGCCCCCGUCGCCAUCGGGGGCAGCGUCGCUGCUGUCGCCUCUUCCAGCCCUGGGGUGGCGGCUGUGGCCGCUCUGCCGCCGGGAAAAGUUGGAGGAGGUGUUGCUGUGGAAGAUCAGCCAGAUGUGAGUGCAGUAUUGUCUGCCUACAAUCAACAGGGGGACCCAACACUGUACGAGGAAUACUACAGUGGAUUAAAACACUUCAUUGAGUGUUCCCUGGACUGUCAUCGAGCAGAAUUGUCUCAGCUGUUUUAUCCUCUCUUUGUGCACAUGUACUUGGAAUUGGUCUACAAUCAACAUGAGAGUGAAGCAAAGUCUUUUUUUGAAAGAUUUCAUGGGGAUCAGGAGUGCUAUUACCAGGAUGACCUGCGUGUAUUAUCUAGCUUAACCAAAAAAGAACAUAUGAAAGGUAAUGAGACCAUGCUGGAUUUCCGAACAAGCAAGUUUGUGCUGCGCAUUUCCCGUGACUCCUACCAACUCUUGAAGAGGCAUCUUCAGGAAAAGCAGAACAAUCAGAUCUGGAACAUUGUUCAGGAGCAUCUUUACAUUGAUAUAUUCGAUGGAAUGCCUCGCAGUAAACAACAGAUAGAUGCUAUGGUUGGAAGCUUGGCUGGGGAGGCAAAACGAGAGGCCAAUAAAGCAAAGGUUUUCUUUGGCUUAUUGAAAGAACCAGAGUUUGAUGUGCCUUUGGAUGAUGAAGAUGAAGAAGGAGAAAAUGAGGAAGGAAAGCCAAAAAAGAAAAAACCUAAAAAAGAUAGUGUAGGGUCAAAAAGCAAAAAACAAGACCCUAAUGCUCCUCCCCAAAACAGAAUUCCUCUGCCUGAACUGAAAGACUCUGACAAGCUGGAUAGAGUCAUGAAUAUGAAGGAAGCUGCAAGGCGUGUGCGUCUUGGCCCGGAGUGCUUGCCCUCCAUCUGUUUCUACACAUUCCUGAAUGCUUACCAGGGUCUGACUGCCGUGGAUAUCACAGAUGACUCUAGCAUGAUUGUAGGCGGUUUUGCUGACUCUACUGUCAGAGUGUGGUCCGUGACUCCGAAAAAGCUACGUAGUGUGAAAACAGCAGCAGACCUCAGUCUCAUUGACAAAGAAUCAGACGAUGUCUUGGAGAGGAUCAUGGAUGAGAAAACAGCAAGUGAGUUGAAGAUUUUAUAUGGUCACAGUGGACCUGUCUAUGGCACCAGCUUCAGUCCUGAUAGGAACUAUCUCUUGUCCUGUUCUGAGGAUGGCACUGUCAGAUUGUGGAGCCUCCAAACAUUCACAUGUUUGGUGGGAUAUAAAGGACACAACUACCCAGUAUGGGAUACACAGUUCUCUCCUUAUGGUUAUUACUUUGUGUCAGGGGGACACGACAGAGUGGCUCGUCUGUGGGCCACGGAUCACUACCAGCCUUUACGAAUAUUUGCUGGCCAUCUUGCUGAUGUCACAUGUACUCGAUUUCAUCCAAACUCCAACUACAUUGCCACGGGCUCGGCAGAUAGGACUAUACGGCUCUGGGAUGUUUUGAAUGGGAAUUGUGUGAGAAUAUUCACUGGACAUAAGGGACCAAUUCAUUCAUUGGCAUUUUCUCCUAAUGGACGAUUCUUGGCUACUGGAGCAACAGAUGGAAGAGUUCUGCUGUGGGAUAUUGGACACGGCUUGAUGGUUGGAGAAUUGAAAGGGCACACUGACACUAUCUAUGCGCUGAGAUUCAGUAGAGACGGGGAGAUUUUAGCAUCAGGUUCAAUGGAUAACACAGUUCGCCUCUGGGAUGCUGUGAAGGCAUUUGAAGAUUUAGAAACCGAUGACUUUACUACAGCCACUGGACAUAUAAACUUGCCUGAAAACUCACAGGACUUGUUACUGGGCACCUACAUGACCAAAUCGACCCCGGUUGUACACCUCCACUUUACCCGCAGAAACCUGCUGCUGGCUGCAGGAGCUUACAGUUCUCAGUAAAUUGGGAAGCUGCAAGACUGACUGUGCCAAGUCAUUGCAGCAGUGACCUCAGGAUGAGAUGAGGAGGAAUGUCCUGUACAGGUGGAUCCCGCUGGUCUGUUGCAGUAAAACUAGGGAAACUAAUGCAGCGUUUCUCAGUUCUGCUAUUUCAUAUUUAUCCACAGUUUGAAAAUGCUGGAGAUUGAAAAGACAUCAUGGCUGUAAAAGAAAGAAUUGUUCAUGGUGCUUUUGAUAAAUAUAUAUACGUAUAUGAAAAUGGCUGUCCCCUCUCA